UGAAGAUGAAGUAGGUUCACCUUUCUGAUUCUGGGUUGGUUCGCUGCCUGGCCCUGCUCAUUUGCCAGUCUCAUUCAUCUCUGGCGAUCUUCAGACAGCGCGGUCGGCGCCUCCACCCAUCUGCUUGUUCAGUUUGCUUCGGAGCACCACGGUUCUGCAUUAGUGAGGAUGGUGCUACGAUUUCGACCCCUCUUAUUCUGGUCGACAUUGCUUUGCAUUCGGUUGAUCAGCAGAUCAGUGGUAUCUCUCCCUUCCAGAGAUUUCCUUGGAAUCUCUCCUCAAGAUGAGCAGUACUACAGUGGAUUGUCAUCCGGAGCUGCUAUAAAAUGCAAAAACGGAUCUAAUAAAUUCAGUGUGGCUCAGCUCAAUGAUGAUUUCUGUGACUGUCCUGAUGGCUCCGAUGAGCCAGGAACCUCAGCAUGCCCCAGUGGCAAGUUCUAUUGCCGAAAUGCUGGACAUACACCCCUUCUUAUAUAUUCAUCAAGGGUUAACGAUGGAAUCUGUGAUUGCUGUGAUGGGAGUGAUGAGUAUGGUGGCAAAACAAAGUGCCCAAAUAUGUGCUGGGAGGCUGGCAAGGAGGCUAGAGAUAGGUUAAAGAAAAGAAUCACAAUAUAUCAGAAAGGUGUUAUUAUAAGGAAGUCGGAAGUUGAAAAGGCAAAACUGGAAAUUUUGAAGGAGGAAGCAGAAUUGGUGAAACUAACAAAAGAGGAGAAGAUACUUAAAGAAAUAGUUGAGCAAUUGAGGGAGCACAAGGAACAGAUAGAAAAGGCCGAAGAAAAAGAACGAUUGCAAAGAGAGAAGGAAGAGAAAGAAAAGAGAGAAACUGAAGAAGCUAAGUUGGAGGAUACCAAAAUUGAGAAAAACCAUGAGGAAGCUGUAAACAUGAACGAUGGCCUCCGUGAAGAUAUCCCCUCAGAGAAAGCUCCUUCUGUAGAGAAUGCGGUAGAAGAUUAUAGCAGUAAAGUGGACAAAGCUGACAAUAUUGACACUUCAGUAAUGGAAGAAACCUCUCACAAUGAAGCUGAGAGGGUGGCAGAGGACUCACACAAGCAUGCCAUGAUAGAGGAGGAUCUGUCUGCAGAUGAUGAUGGAUCUGUUCUUAGAAGCACCAAUGAGGUGAAAGAUGACGCUGAAGAUACUGAAUCCUUGUCAAAGGAAGAGUUGGGCCGUGUAGUUGGUUCUCGUUGGACAGGAAAAAAGAAUGAGAAGGAAUCUGGAGAGGACAAGACUAAUAAAGAUUAUCAUGGUGACCAUGAUGAAGAAUACAGUACAUUUGACUCAGAUGAUGAUACUGAAGACCAAAUGGAUGAACAUGGCGAGGAAGAUCACAGUGAUUCAAAUUCAUCCCCUUUAUUAUCUGAUGAUGAAGCUGAAGAUCAAGGGGAUGAUUUUGUAGGGGAAGAUCAUGAUUCAAGUUCACCAUCUUCAUCAUCAUCAGAUGACGACGACUUGGAUUUAUCAGAUACAGCUAGCACAAGCAAUCCACAUUGGCUGGAGAAGAUAAAAAGAAAUGCUCAGAGAAUUCUUCAGACUUUCAAUUUGUUCCAAACUCCAGUAGACAUAUCUGAGGCUGCACGCAUACGCAAAGAAUAUGAUGAUUCAAGUGCUAAGUUGUCAAAGCUUCAGUCGAGGAUAUCUAAAUUGACAAAGAAAUUGAAACAUGAUUUCGGGCCACAGAAGGAGUUCUAUUCAUUCCAUGGUCAAUGUUUUGAAAUCAAGAAAAACAAGUACACAUAUAAUAUUUGCCCUUUUAAAAAGGCUACACAAGUUGAGGGCCAUAGCACAAGUCAUCUAGGGAAUUGGGAUAAAUUUGAGGACUCAUACAGAACUAUGAUAUUUACAAAUGGAGAUCAUUGCUGGAAUGGACCCGAUAGGAGUAUAAAGGUGAAACUAAGAUGUGGUUUGAAACAUGAGGUAACUGAAGUAGAUGAGCCCAGCCGGUGCGAAUAUCUUGCAUUUUUAUCUACACCAGCUGUCUGUGUAGAAGAAAAGCUGAAGGAACUCGAAGUUAAACUGAAAAUGCUGAACAGUGAGCUACCACAAGGUCAUGAUGAGCUGUGAAAGAUUUGUUUGUUAUUUUCGUCUUCCUAUUUUUGUAGGACACUGAAAAGCUAAAAGCUACUCCGUACAAGGUUUGACUAAUGCUUGAGGUGAGGAAAAAUAUAAACCAAGAAAAUAGAGAUUUGGUUUAGAUUUCUGUUCCUGACUCGUAAGGGUUGUAACUGUCUAGAGAAAGGAAAAAUAGCCUAAAUUUAGAAGGUUGAGAUAGCCUCAUGAACGAUGUUAGAGAAACACAAGCGACAAUUUAUCAGGUUUUUAUAGAAUAUCAAUAACAUAGAGACAAUAUGGUGGAAAUCCAAAUAGAAAUCUAUUUGGAGGCAAAAGAAGUGAAAAUUUAUUUAAUUGCUCG